CGCGUCUGAACAUGAUGACCACGCUUGCUGUCGCCGAUCCCGAGCAAAUGAACGAGAGGGAUGAGCAGCGCCCAGAAAGGGUGCGCGGAAUCUCUGAGCGAUUCAAGAGCGCCGAUUCGAGGCAGCAAUCAGACCGGCGGUGCGCCAUUGGGGAUCAGCAUACGGCGGCUCAUCCGGCAGCACAGCUCUGGCCUGUCGCCCUUUGGGUCCGCCGCUUCAUUUCAUUCCAUCAUCGUGCACGCUUAGCCACCCCUUCAACGCCUUGGAGCUGGUGUUCAUUCCGAUUGUGCCCGACCUUGCGACACCGGCCCUGGCCCUCCACCGAUAUGGACAAAACCGAUGCCGAUUUACUUCGGCAGCUCUUCCGCGAGAACGGGGAGCUGCGAGGCAAAAUCAGCUUUCUGCAGCGAGAGCUCUACAACAAAACAGCUCAAUAUGAAAGCGCAGAAGACGAAAUUCGCCAGCUCAAGGAGAAGCUAGAGGAAGACGCGGAGCCAAUAAGAUCGAGACCCAGCGUGAGAAACGGCCUGCAAACUGCAUGUGAAUCGCGAGUCCACGGAACGAUGGAUUCCGAGCGCUCAUCGUGCUCAUGGUACCCAUCGCGUCCAUCAUGCCCAUCACUGACGCCUCCGAUUGAAUAGACGCAGCUUCGGCAAAGAUCGAUUUUGAAGACUCCUGAGGAGCUGGUGAGAAAGUCGUUCAGUUGUGGGACGGCUGAUCCUGCACCCGGCAGCUCGAUAGAGGACAC